AUGCGAAAGAAACAAGCCAAAGGCUAUCAAAUGUCGAAAGUUCACGCUUCAAAAUCCAAGUGGUCUGUCGUGUAAUUCUCCUUUGGAACAAAUGACCGAAAUCUUAUCGGCAAAUCAUCCGAUAUCGAUCUGAAUAUUGUUUGUUCAGUUGUCAUCUUCAACUGCGGACGAUUUGGUCGAAGAUAUACAACUUUUGCCAGCGAUUGUACCAGCAGCGCAUACAAUCGUCCGAGGAAGAACUGGAUACGUGGUCGCCAGCUCGUGUCCGUCCAUCCGUCGCGCUACAAAUGAAGACUUUAAAUAAUUUAGUCACCGGCUGUAAAUCCCAUCGGGGAGCGACGUUAAUCGAUACAUACCGCUGUACGCGUAGGCGUGGAGACGUGGCGGCGGACAAUAUUUUAGCGUGCAGUAGCUUUAUGACCAGAGGUUACGAGCCAGGAAGAGCCAUAACGCCUCGUAUCUUGUUGCCUCGUCGUACCAACCCCCUGCGUUCCUUGCAUUUGCGGGAAAGCUCAGCACGGGUGCCAAUUCCUACGAGCGUAUCGGACCAUAAACUGGAAACGUGA